AUGGCUGCUCUUCUCAAGAACGUUGCCCUCAUCGGCGCCAGUGGCAGCGUAGGCGCGGUGCUCGUCAAGGCCUUCCUCAACGACAAAAGAUUCAACGUUACCGUCCUCCGUCGUGGCAGUUCCAGCGCCACCUACCCCAGCGAGUUCAAGGUCGUCGACGUCGACUAUGACUCUCUCGACUCUCUGACGGCUGCUCUCGCCGGCCAGGAUGCAGUUGUAUCUGCCAUCAACCCAGUCACUCCCAUCGAGACGCAAAAGAAGUUCAUCGACGCUGCCAUCGCCGCCGGCGUCAAGCGCUUUGUGCCUUCAGAGUACGGCUGCGACUUGAACAACGAGCUUAACCAAGCGCUGCCCGUCUUUGCACCAAAAGUCGCCAUCCAGAAAUAUCUCAAGGAAAAAGCCGAGUCAUCUCCGCUCACGUACACCUUUGCAUACAGCGGCCCGUUUUUGGACUGGGGCUUGGAGCACCAGUUCCUCCUGAAGACGGUGGACAGUAAGCCCAAGCUCUUUGACGGCGGCAACACCGUCUUCAGCACCACGAAUCUGGACACCGUGGCCGCAGCCGUCCUGGCCAUCCUGUCCAAGCCCGAGGAGACCAAGAACCGCGAGGUCCGGUUUCAGAGCGCGGCCAUUUCGCAGAACGGGCUCCUCGCGCUGGCCAAGGAGGUUGCGCCUCAGCGAAAUUGGGAGCCCGAGGUGGUCAAGAUCGACGACAUCACUCGUGUUGCGGACGACAGGUUGGCAAAGGGACUGUUGGAUCAUGAGACCUUUAUCCCUUAUCUUGUCCGCGCCAUUAACGAUCCGCGACAUGGCCCAAAGUUUGAGACUCUCGAUAAUGAGUUGCUGGGAUUGAAGCAGGUGACGGAGGCGGAGAUUAAGGACAUUCUCAAGCAGUACUUGAAGUAG